UAUAAUCACAAUAUUCACAAUUUUACUAAUUACUUCAGUGUAUUUACCAUGGAUUUCGAAAGUCCAGAUGUAGAGAAAGAUUUUCCAGGACUGUAUGCCUCAGAAACUGGGCGUAAGAGUAACGAAAGUGAUUUCAGUGAUGACCACGAAAAACCCAGCAAGAAAGACCUGUUGGGCCGCAGGAAAGACAAGAAAGAGAAAAAAGAUAGAGGCUAUGCUGCAUUAGAGGGAGAUAGUUCACCUGAGGAAGACACUGAUACCAAGAGCCCUUCAAAAAAUAAGAAGACAAAGUCUUUUAAGUUCCCCUCUAGCACUAAAAGCAAGGAGAAACGGGAGAAAUCCAGAGACAAGGAGAAAGUUGACGAUGUUACCAAGCAGAAAGAAUUGACUGAAAAGGAGAAGAAAAAAGAAAAGGAAAGGGAGAAAGAGAGGGAGAGAGAGAAGAAGGAAAAAGAAAAACGCGAGAAAUUGAAAGGAAAAGACAAGGAAAAAGAAGAAAAAGCCAAGUUCAAAUUGGAGUCGAAAGAAAAACUCAAAGAUGAAAAGAAAGAAAAAGUAAAAGACAAAGACAAGGAGAAGGUGAAAGAGAAGGAAAAAGACAAAGUGAAGGAGAAGGACAAGGAUAAAAAAGAUAAGAAACUCAUAAAGAUGCCCUCCACUGUGACUUCGGGAGUGCCGUUCGAGGAAAUAUUUACUUUAGGAGUGGCGUUACCAAUAUUCGGCGUGCCACUCAGCCAGUCGGUAGAGCGAUCGCGAUGCCACGACGACACCAGUCUUCCCCUAGUCGUUCGAGACAGUAUCGACUACCUACAGGCAAAUGGGUUGAAGUCCAACCAGCUUUACCGCUCGGAUGCCGACAAGAUCAAGCUACAGCAGCUCCGCAAGCUGUACACCGAUCGUGAGGUGGCCUUCCCCUACCACUGGGACGUGCCCGUCGCCUGCGCGAUAUUGAAGGCUUUUAUAAGCGAACUCCCCGAGUCGAUACUAACACAAGAGCUCCAUGGACAAUUCGAACAAGCGACGGCCAUCGCCGAGCCGCAGCGGGAAGCGACCGUGGUAGCGCUCAUAGCGAAGCUCCCGCCGACUAACCGAAGCAUGCUGGGCUGGCUCGUGCGACACUUCGAGAGCGUCGUCGCUAAUGAGCAGACUAACAAUGUGAACAUUCAGACCAUAGCGACGGUUAUGGGCCCGGCGCUCAACAUGUCCCUCAAUUUGAUUACCUAUUUCAUCAACAAAGCCGAAAAACUCUUCUCUGACGUCACUUUACAAAAAUACAUUCCCCCCCUCCUGUCCAUCCCCGCGGACUUCCCCGACUCGGCGACCGAGAUCAGCGCCGAGCUGCGCAAACAGGAGUCCCUCCUCAACCAGAUCCACGCAGAGAUGCACGCCGGCUUUAUCACCAACGCGAGGGACCAGAGACUGUGGGAGGCGCAGCGGAUAGUCACGCAGCUCAAGAGAAAACUCCGAUCAAAGCAAAAAUCCGUGGAGCCAAACUCGCUGCAGCCGCAACAGCCGUCGAUCGACGAGAAGACAGAGGACGAGCCCGCUCCCAGCACCUCGCACGGGGCCCCCGCCGACCCCGAGCCCCGCACGCCGUCCGAAGCCUUCCCCGACGACACAGACUCCCCUAACGCUCCUGACCCCACAUUCCCCGUCGAAUUUGAAGAUAACUUCGAUAUCAAAUUCCAAGAUCCUAAGGAACCACCUAGAAUACACCCAAACAAAAACGAAUUCGAAGUAAAGUUUGAAGAGAAAUUCGAUGAAAAAGAGCCUAUCCGGACAAACAAAACCGACUUCGAUUUAAAUUUCGAAGAAACUAAAGAACCACCAAGAUUGGCCAAUAAAAACGAUUUCGAUUUGAAAUUCGAAGACGCAAAACAAUCGCCGGCCGAGGAACCUUUUCCCGAACCGGAGCAGGACAAACCGAAACUAACCGAAAAGGAACUAAAAGUACUGCGUUUAGAAUUAGAAAACGCAGAGUAUCUACAAUUAAAGUCGUUGCUGCAAGCCAAAAUAAAUUCCGAACAAUUUGAAAUCGUUAAACUACGAAGCCAUGUGGCAUUGAAAAACAAGCAGGAAGCCAAUUUGCAGGGCAAUAAGGAAAACAAAGAAAAUUAUACGCCCGAAGAGCAAGAAUUGAGACAGAGACUGAUCAAAGAAAACGCCAUGUUAGAACAGAAAAGACUGAGUUUGAUAAAUCAAAUAUUCCAAGAAAGAGUUGCUUGUAUACAACUUAAAAUUGAACUUGCUAUGAAAGAAAUACUAUCCAAAUCAUAAAUUUUCCAUAUUAUGUUUCUUUAUGUUUAAGCUUACAGUAGGUGUUCAUUGUGCAGAGAUUUGAUUGUGUACCUCUCUAAUAAUUUAUAUCUCAAAUAAUAAUGUGAUGUUAGAUUGUAUGCGAAAUGUAUUUAAAAUAUAAAUAAAUGUUUAACAUAUUAUAGCUUA